AUGAUAACGAUUAUCACCGUUAAUAUUAAAGAUGAUCGACAUUUUUUUGCAGUUAAUCAAUUAACUAAAGAAUAUUUAGGAAUAACAGCAACAUCAGUUUCUAGUGAACAUUUAUUUUCAGUUAUUAGUAAUAUUAUUUUUAGUAAAAAAAAGUAA